GCGCGCCCACUACAUCCCACAAACGACUGCGCAUAUCGCAGAUUACACGCUCUCGAAAAGCAGCCAGCCCAUACUCACGCGGGAGCCAUUGACACGAAUGGCAUCACGAUUCCUUAUUCCGGCAGGCCGGACAGCUGCCCGCAGCAUUCAGCGCGUGCCGGUCCGCGGCUUCCAGACAAGCAAUGCGCUGAGGCAGGAGGUGGUCGCGCCUGCCCCGGUCAAGAAGCCCGUCGGCGCCUUCCGUGGAGGACUGUUUGGAUUCCUUCUCGGAGCGACCACCGCCGGCGCCGGCAUGUACUACUAUGUCAUCGACGAAUACCGAGUUGCGAACGAGCUAUUGACCGAGGACAUCUACGCUCUGCAGUCGGCUGUGCAGCGGAUAGAGAGCUACGUGAAGACGCUCGAGGAGAAGGUCGACGCGCGGAAGAAAUAAGCUGUUAAGCGAUGAUACCAUUUGCAUGCAUGCCAGUACAGUUGCGAAAAGUCGGAACGGCGGAUGUGCUCGAUGUUUGGGGGAACACUUGCUACAAUGUGGAUAUCGGAUGCACCGAGAUUGCAAUAGGUGCCAGAUUCUCAGCUCAUUCUUGCGGGGAGACCAGGCUAGGCUAACUUAUACCAAUUGAUUCUUUUGAC